AUGUUCAGAGUGAAGCUGCCAGCAUGCGUGCAGAGCGGGAACAUGAACGGCGAAACGAAGAAGAAACCUGAACGCAAGAAGAUGGAUCGUCAUGAAACAACCCUCCAUAGCGGAGCGGGUGAUGAAAUCGCUCUGCCAAAUGCGGCAAUCGGACUAAAUGACAGAAGACCUAAUGAUUUUGACUUUAAGGACUCUUUAGCGACGCAAACUGUGAAGCUUAAACAUCUGGAACCAGCUGCCAAACCUCUAGCAGCCAAACAAUAUAAUAGCCUUAAACUCACCCUGGACCACGAGAGAAGAAGCUGUUCCACUAACGGAGAGGACGAAGGUGUAAUUAAAGCUCACAGUCCGGGUGUGGAGACAGGUGGAGGUGGCGUUCCACCUGAGAGGGUCUCUGCGUCCGAAGACGUCGGGUCAGAGCCUCGAACCCGCCGCCGGAGGAGCUGGCUCUGGAACCAGUUCUUUGUGAUCGAGGAGUACCGAGGUCCAGAGCCCGUGCUCAUCGGACGGCUGCACACGGACAUGGACCGAGGAGACGGACACACUAAGUACACGCUGGAGGGGGAGGGGGUGGGCUCCGUGUUUGUCAUCGACGGCAACACGGGCAACAUUCACGUCACCAAGUCUCUGGACCGCGAGGAGAAGGACCAGUACCGCCUCGUUGCCACGGCGACGGACCGCCAGACGGGCCGGGCCCUGGAGCCCUCGUCGGAGUUCGUCAUCCGGGUGCAGGACAUCAACGACAACCCGCCCAUCUUCCUGGACGAACCCUACGUCGCCGUGGUGCCGGAGAUGGCCAACAUAGGAACGUCCAUAAUCCAAGUCACGGCCAGAGACGCCGAUGACCCGACAUAUGGAAACAGCGCCCGGCUGGUGUACGCCAUCACUCAGGGCCAGGACUACUUCUCUGUUGAUCCUCAAACAGGUGUCCUGAGGACGGCGGUGCCCGACAUGGACAGAGAGACGCGGGACGAGUAUCUGGUGGUGCUCCAGGCCAAAGACAUGGGGGGGCAUCUGGGCGGACUGUCGGGGACGACCACCGUCACCGUGAGGCUGAGCGACGUCAACGACAACCCGCCUCACUUCAGGAGGAGUGCGUGGUCGUUCUCUGUGUCGGAGCUAGCAGCUCCAGGUGUGGAGGUGGGCCGUCUCUCCGCCGCCGAUCCUGAUCUAGGAGAAAACGCCCAGCUGGAGUUCUCCAUCCUGGACACGGAGGAGGCCGACAUAUUCAACAUCACGGGGAGAGACCAAGAGGCGGUCAUUGUGCUGAACAAGCUGCUGGAUUACGAGACCCGCAGCUCGUACACGUUCUCCGUGGAGGUGGCCAACCCCCUGGUGGACCCGCGGUACCUGAGGAAAGGCCCCUUUAAGGACCAGACCACGGUCCGGGUCAUGGUGCUCAACGCCGACGAGCCGCCGCGGUUCUCCCAGAGCCGCUUCCAUCUGGACGUGUCCGAGAACUGCCCCCCCGUCUGCUCCGUGGGCCGGGUGGACGCCGUGGACCCCGACACGGGACAGAGCAGCAACAUCAGGUACUCCAUCGAUCCCCAGUCGGACCCUGAGGCUCUGUUCCGCAUCGCCUCCGACACGGGCGUCAUCAGCACCGUGAUGGAGUUGGAUCGCGAGCAGGAGCAGUGGCACAACAUCACUGUCAUCGCCACGCAGCGGGGUAACGCCAGCCGCUCUGCCCUCGGGUAUCAUAUUUUUCUCUUUUCAGACAAUCCAAAUCUCGUGUCGAGGGUUGUGGUUGCCAUAGAGACGCUAGACCAGAAUGACAAUGCGCCGGAGUUGGACCGGCAGUACGCGACGUCUGUGUGUGACUCCAGUGCCCCCGGCCAGGUGGUCCAGGUUCUGCGAGCCAUCGACAGGGACCAGGGAGGACUGGACACCCCGAUCCACUUCAGCAUCCCCCCCGAGUCCAGCUCCGCCCUCAACCUCAGCAUCAGGGAAACCGGAGGUGUGACAGCCAGCCUGGUGCUCCAGUCGGCCCUGGAGCCCCUCCCCGGCUUCUCCUCGUCCUCGCUCGCCCUCUACGUGCCGGUGGUGCUGCGUGACGGCGCCUCGGGUCUGACCAACACGGCCACGGUCACCGUCACCAUUUGUCCCUGUCUGCGGGGGGGCAUGCAGACCGAGGACAAGGGGAGGCAGCGGGACAAGAGGUGGGAGAGGCACGCCGUUUGUCUCCCCGCGUCCUCCACCUCGCCCUCCCUCAUAUUCAGUCUGGUCACGCUGCUCGCCAUGCUGGCCUGUGUCACCACGCUGCUCGUGGUGUGUGCACUCUCGCUGUCAUUGCGCCAUCAGAAGCGAGACUCCCACUCAGCCUUCGAGGAGGAUGAUGUCAGGGAGAACAUCAUAUCCUACGACGACGAGGGGGGGGAGGCGGACACGGCGGCGUUUGACAUCACGGCGCUGCAGAGCAUGCACCGCAUACAGCACAUGCACAACAACAGGAACAUAUGGUACACCCAGCAGAAUCCUCCGAGGCCCAGGACGUACAGCUGGAGCCGGAACCCGAGGCCGGGCCUGGACCCCCAGCAGAGGCCCGGCUCAGCCCCGCUGUACGGACGCCUCUGCUACGGCAUCCACACGCUGCCCGUUCUCAGGGAUUAUUACCCCGUCGGGCCGCUGGAGGCCGGCGUGCAGCUCACACAGCUGACCCGAGGGCUCGCCGGAGGUCACGCAGGAGGUCACGCAGGAGGUCACGCAGGAGGUUACGCCGGCAGUUCCCUUGUCAUCCAGAACCAGAGCACCUUUGAGCCUCCGCGGCGCUCGCCACAGUCCAGUUACAUGACAGAGCACGUGCUGGCGGACAGAAAAGAAGGCGGUGAAGCUGCUGAAACACACGAGAUUAAGGAUCCGACAAAGAUAAUCCCAACAGAAGCGACAGAGUCGACACCAGCCGCCAACGCCGGCGAUCUGACCAGCUGUGACCCGAACGAGUCUUCAUGCCGGAGUCACACCAGCUCCUCGUCAAACCAGCAGGAGGGUCGUCCGGGGUCGUCGCAGACUCAGACCAGCACGGGCGCCACCAGCUGCACGCUGGACGACAUCGACACCGACUCCUCCAUCCCCUCCGUGUCAGAGAGGAACUUCUCUGAAAUGGGCUGUGUGAACCCUCAGCUUUACCUGAAAGGAGACACGUACAGCGUUGUGGGCUCGCUGAACCCGAACAGCAGAGAGGCGUGUAUGAACGGGUCCAGUGGCGGCGUUGGGUCGUACCCGACGGGAACGCAGCUACUGAGCAUGUGCGGCCUCCAGAGAAAGGACAUGACCCCUCUGCCCUUACUGGGGGGGAUGUUUGGCGACAGCAGAGGCUGGGCGGCGUGCGGGGCGGAGCCUGCAAGGGCAGAAGUCGCCGCCACCACCAACCCACAGCCCCUCCGCAUGGAAGACCUCCUGAACAUCCGUCUGGACCAGGUGACCUUUGACCUCUCGCAGCCGCCCUAUGACUCGCUGCAGACUUACGAGUUUGAGGGCCGCGACUCCAGGGCCGAGUCGCUGAGUUCACUGGAGAGCGACGGGGAGAAGGACGACGGGAGGUCGGGGUCGGCGGCGGGGGGGGGAUGGAGGAGCUGA